AUGCUGGAAGACAUAACAAGAGAUAACAACAGGAAUGAAAACCUGACAAACCACGAGCAGUUACAAGUAGAAGAUAGAAUAGUUCAUCUUUUAAAGUUCUCAUCUCUCUCUUAUGAAGAUGACGCAUCGUAUCAAUGCAUAGCUGACAAUGGAAUUCCACCUUCCCUCGUCUCUAACUUUACUCUUUCUGAUAAUGUUCAAGAGAGUGACAUCGUCUCUGUCACAUGUUUCGCCGUCUCUUCUAAGAAACCACUGACGUUUGAUUGGCUUAAAAAUGGUGAAACAAUUGGAAAGAGUUUUAGAAACAUUCGGAUUGAUAAUAACGAAGAUUAUUCCAUAUUGAUUUUAAACAAUGUAACGCAAAGAAAUGCUGGAAACUAUACCUGCCUAGUGAAAAAUGAUGUUGGUAGUUCAAAGCACACAGCAUCUCUCUACAUAAAAGUAAAGCCUAAAUGGAUAGAGAGGCCUCCACCCUUGAUUGUCAAACAGAGUGGCGAGACUGUCUCCCUGGCAUGUUCCGCUUCAGGAUCUCCUUCUCCCAAGAUAGAGAUUCGCAAAUAUUCAGGUUUCAAUUAUUCAGAGUAUUCGAAGGUGGAAGCAGUGGAGAGUGGUGACGUCUCUCAUCUGACCAUUCCACGCGUCACAUAUUCCGAUGCUGGAUUCUAUGAGUGUUGGGCACACAACGGAAUGGGUCAUCCAUUGAAAACUAACUUUUCAUUAAUUAUUCGGAGUGAUAUUCCUGAAAUCCAAAAAUUUUCCUUCCAAGAUAAUGUGAAUAAAGGAAAAGUUGUAUCGGUGAUGUGCCUGGCUGUUUCGAACACAAAACCUUUGACUUUUUCGUGGUUUAAAAAUGGAAAACUAUUAAAGAAUGAGGAUGGGAAUAGGUUGAGAAUCGAACACAGCACUGAAUUUUCUGUACUGAUUUUAGACACUGUGGAUCAAGACAGCGAAGGAAAUUACACAUGUGCUGUCUCUAACAGAGAUGGAAAAGCCAAACAUUCUGCUUACUUAAGAGUGAAAGUUCCUCCCAAGUGGUCAAAAAUUCCGAGCGAUGCUAUCGUUUCUUUGGGAGAAUCUCUUAAGAUGGAAUGUGAGGCGACAGGUUCUCCCUUGCCUCAAGUGGAGUGGAGAAAAUACACAGGCAAAGACCUAACAUCGACUGUCUUGUCAAGUAUCAAAGAUGUAUUACAUUUACAACAUGUAUCCUAUGAAGAUGCGGGAUUGUACGAAUGUAUAGCUUUUAAUAAUGUAGAAUAUAAUAUUAGCACUAAUUUUUCCAUCAUUUUACGCGUUGUUAUAAAUGGUUAUAACUGA